CUUGCUGGUCUGCUGCACAAGUUUGCUGGUUUGCUGCCCACAGCGACAAAAGGACGACGACGGCUGCCCGACGGCGCGGGGCGGCACAGGAAGUACUAUCAGGCCUUGAGUCGAGGCGCCGGGUGGCGUUUGGCAGCCCCGUAUGCGGCGGCAGUGCGCAAACCGUGCAGCGGCUCUAGUAUGUUACACCUAGCGCAGCGUGAUUGCCUCGAGUGCCGCUGGACGCUUGGAGCUCAGCCGAUCGGGGGGCUGACUCAUCCCAUUAACGUGUGUGGAGCCCACCGACCGCCCGGACCAGCGUGACCCCUGCUCGGUCGACGACGAGACGCUUGGGAGGCUGCCAGAGCCCGGCGUGCCGAGGCUGCACGUCGGGACGAGUUGUAACAGACCUGUGGCCGAAGCUGCCUGUCGGGACGAGAGCGGCGCUUGGCGCGGGCAGAGUUAUCGCAGGCGUGAGCGGGGCCGCCCGUCGGGAGGAUGGCCCGCCGCCUCGUGGGCUGCCUCCUCGCGCUCCUGGUGCGGGGCGACAUCGACUAUGCGGAGAUAAGUUUCUACCCGCCGCCGCCCGAGAAGUGCGCGCCGACCGAGAUAACACUAACCUUCGAGAUUGCGGGCGGCCUGCAACACCUGGACACGGUCUACUUCUACCUAAACCAAUUUACCAGGGGCGGGUGUAAUAAUGGCAACGGCGGGAAGAUCAGCGACGGCCUCGUGCUGCUCGGCGCGCCGUCGGGCAACGACGAGUGGCAGGCCGAGUACUACGAGGGGAGCGUCGACAACAUGUACAACGACUCGUAUAUCAUCCUCAAGGCGAAAUAUGACGUGAUCGGCACGGCGGGCUACCGGCACACGGUCGUCAUCGACGCGUCGAACGACAUCCGGCCGAACUGCGGCUCGCCGGCGAACAGCUCACUGAUGCGCGUCAAAGGCUUCGUCUACAAGGACGCCAAGGCCCAGUACAUCCGGCCGGUCAACAAGUCGGACGCCGUCGACCUGACAUGCUACAUGACGGACACGCGUCUCAAGUUCCGACCGGCGAUCCCUAAGGAGUCAGCGCAGAUUGAGGUCCGUUUCCGCAGUGCGAAUCAGUGCAUAAAUCAAAUUGUCGCGGCGCGUCUCUGAAUCCCCGACUCACUGGUUGACUUGAACACAGGCGCGAUCCACCUCUACGUCGGCGACCGCGUCCGCGUUCAGAUGGCUGGCUGGACCUCGGGGAAGGCUGAUGGCAUACCCGGGAGCGAUGACUACUACGUAGCGGUCCGCGACGACCUGGCAGUCAUCGGCAACUCGACGUGGCUCUCGGGCUCGUGGGAGGAGGGCUGCUGCUACGAGGCGCACCGCGCGGGCUUCCUGAACUCGACGCUCGUGCUCACGGCGCUGCAGUACAUCCGCGCCGGGACGACCGUCGAGGUCAUCGUGCCCCGGCAGCAGCUCCGGCCGCAAUGCGGCAUGCCCGGGCCCUACGUAAACCAGACCAUGUCCGUGCGCCGGGCGGGCCAGCGGGUCUACGAGUACGUCAAGAAGGCGUACCCUGAGAAUACUCUAGACGGUGCAAUUGAUAAUGCUGUUACAACUGUUACGCUGGCUACCGGUGGUCAUACCGCUCUCGGUGUCGCUCAAAACUCCUACAUCUUAAUUGGCAGCGAGGUUAUGUUAGUGAGUGGCGCUGUAUCUAGUGAAGCUUUGACCGUAACCCGAGCUCAAGCCUCAACGACUGCUUCUGCACACGUUGACGGAGCGAAAGUAUAUCUCUUGACGGAGUCGACCCUCGACGGAGCCCUUGCUGAUAGUGCCACGACCGUUAAUGUGGAUCUCAACACCGGCGGUCUCGGCGCGGCUGCGAACACCUGUGUGGAAAUCAACCAGUGUGUCGGGUGCACGCGAUAAUUCUUCACUAAGUCAUUUCUCGGCGACUACGUGGCCGCGCUGGCUCCGUCGAGCGGUGGGGAACCGGCAUCGCCACGCCAUCGAGCAGGCGUCGCGUCGAUGGCGUGGAGGUCGACGCGGCGAUUCAGGACGAACGUGCCGUAAGACUUUGAUUUCCACACACAGGCGAACACUUAUAUACUGAUCGGAAGCGAAGUUCUCAAAGUCACGGCCGUCUCGACGAACUCUCUGACCGUAAUCCGCGGACAGGAUGGAACGACGGCUACUACACACCUCGACGCGGCGAAGGUGUUCCUGCUCAAAAGCAAUGUGAAAACAGUGAUGGAGCCCUACGCAAAACAGAUAACGGAGACAACUAUUAAUGAAGGCGCCGCCUUUAGCAAGAGUGAUACCACGCUUACGGUGACUUCUGGAACUACUCUUGGUGCGGUCGCCAACAGCUACAUCUUAAUCGGCAGCGAGGUUAUGUUGGUCACGGCCGUGUCUACGAACGAUCUUACAGUAACAAGGGGUCAAGACGGAACGACCGCGGCCGCGCACGCCGAUGGCGCGAAAGUAUAUCGCAUAACCCAGACGACUGUUAGUGAUGCCGGGGACGGUAAUGCGAACUUGGCUGCUGCUGAUACUACCCUUUCGGUGACUCUGAAUGAUCCCGGUCUGUUUGCGGCGGUUAAUUCUUACAUCCGGAUCGGCAGCGAGGUUAUGUUAGUUACGGCCGUCUCUACUAACGAUCUGACCGUGACCCGCGCCCAAGACGGUACGACGGCUGUUGAUCACACCGACGGGAGUAUGGUAUAUCGAUUAACUGAGUCAACUCUAGAUGGUGCACUUACUGAUAGUGCUACAACCGUAAAUGUGGACUUGAACACGGCUGGUCUUGGCGCGGCCGUGAAUUCGUACAUCCUGAUCGGCAGCGAGGUUAUGUUGAUAACUAACGUUGCUACUAACGCAUUGACCGUAACCCGGGCGCAACACGGGACAACUGCCGCGGCUCACGUGGACGGGGUAAAAGUGUUCCUCUUGAAGGACACGUUGGACCACACGCUGGAAAUCGAUUCGACGUACGUGUCAGGCGUCGAGGUCGUCGCGCCCCGGCCCAUCGACGAGGCCAACGCCAUCGGCGACGGCUGCAAGUCCCUCGGCUUCUGCACGGGCAAGGGCGAGUGCGACCACUGCACGUCCACGUGCCGGUGCCCGCACGCCCACAGCGCGGUGGACAACUCGUACACGUCGUACAGCUGCGAGGCGAUCAACUGUCCGACGGGCAUGGCUCCGACCGGUGUGGAAAUCGGCGCGCCGUCGAGCAGACGCAUUUAUGGCGCGGGGCAGACAUUCGAUUUCUACACAGGCUUGGGCCGAUCUGCCCUGGCAUCCCGGAGGCGCCGGCGACAACACGUGGGCCCACUACCGGCGGCUGCCCUGCUCGGGCGCGGGCCUCUGCACGGCCGCCGGCAAAUGCAGUUGUUUCGCGAAUUUCUUCGGCCCAGCGUGCGAGCGGCGGGUCUGCCCCGGUGGGAGCGCCGAGACGGGCGACUGCUCGGGCCACGGCACGUGCGCGACGAUGAAGCAGCUCUCGAUGCUGCCCAACGCGCUCCCGCUCUCGAAGAACAACGUCAGCGGCUACCACGCGGGCGACCACGUGCCCUACUACGAGCACCACGCGCACGGCCGCGACGACGGCACGUGGGACGCGAUGCGCCUCUACGGCUGCGUCUGCGACUCGUCCUGGCCCGUCGGCCUGGGGCCCGGCGAGACGCAGGAGCCCGAAUAUUUUGGACCGACCUGCGCGGCGCAGCACUGCCCGUCGGGCGACGACCCGAUGACGGCGCGCGACGAGACGAACUGCACGGGCGUGCUCGCCAAGGGCGGUCACGGCGUCGGCGAGCCCGGCAACCUCUGUCACGUCGACUGCUCGAACCGAGGCUUCUGCGACCACGAGACGGGGCAGUGCAAGUGCUUCCAGGGCUUCUACGGGCACAACUGCCACUACAAGGACGCGCUCGCCGUGCAGAUCGAGAUUUAAGAAUUUUUGAUUGU